ACACAUGCAUACGAGUAGACUAGUCUCCGUGUUCAGUCGACGAAGGAAAUCAGGAUAAUAAAUCUUUUUAGGAGACAACCACACGGUGCAUCUCGCCAUCUAGCUGGAGCCUGGAACUGCUGGACCCCAUAAAUAGUGCUUGAUUUAGACCAAGCUGCUCCCUCAUCAUCAUCUUCUUCUUCCUCCUCGCAACACGGAGCGGUCAGCUGCUGCUGCUGCAGGCAGAGAUGGCAGGAGCAGAGGUUGCAAACGGCGCCGUGCACGAGGGCGGCGCCCUGGCUCUGGAGGAAGGCAGAGGAGGAGACGAAGCAAGGUGUGAGAGCUCCGAGCAGGACGGAGCCGGUCGUAGCCGCCCCAUGUUCUCCGUGCCGUUCGUGCAGAAGAUCGUCGCGGAGGUCUUGGGGACCUACUUCCUCAUCUUCGCGGGGUGCGCGGCGGUGGCGGUGAACCUUCGGACGGGGGGCACGGUGACGUUCCCGGGCAUCUGCAUCGUGUGGGGGCUGGCCGUGAUGGUGAUGGUGUACUCCGUCGGCCACAUCUCCGGCGCGCACCUGAACCCGGCCGUCUCCGUCGCGUUCGCCACCUGCGGGCGGUUCCCCUGGAAGCAGGUGCCCGCGUACGCGGCGGCGCAGGUGAUGGGCGCCACGGCGGCGAGCCUGACGCUGCGGCUGCUGUUCGGGAACGCCAGGGAGCACUUCUUCGGGACCGUCCCGGCGGGCUCCGACGUGCAGUCGCUCGUCAUCGAGUUCAUCAUCUCCUUCAACCUCAUGUUCGUCGUCUCUGGCGUCGCCACGGACAACAGAGCCAUUGGCGAACUCGCUGGCCUCGCUGUCGGAGCUACCGUCCUGCUAAACGUGCUCUUUGCCGGGCCUGUAUCAGGAGCGUCCAUGAACCCGGCGAGGACCCUAGGCCCGGCGAUCGUCGUCGGCCGCUACGCCGGCAUCUGGGUGUACUUCGCCGGGCCCAUAUGCGGGACGGUGGCCGGAGCCUGGGCCUACAACCUCAUACGCUUCACCGACAAGCCGCUGCGGGAGAUCACCCAGACCUCCUCCUUCUUGAGAAGCGUGAGGAGGACCUGAACUGGAGAAGCUGCCACCCAAACAAGCAACUCUCUGAAGAUAGAUACAGUUAACAGUGCUGUUCCUUUAUUUGUAGCUACUCUCUCUCUCUCUCUCUCCUUUUGUCAAUUAAUUUACAUAUUAUAUAGUAAUAUGCUUGGCUUGUUAGAUUAAAACGCUGCAAGAUUGGGUCACCUAACUGAGGUUUAUUUUUCUUCGCGAAGAAGAAUUACCCUUCACCUUUUAUUUAGGGAUAAAGGUAAAAUGAAGAAGAAAUCAUCAGCUA